GUGCUCCCCGGCCCGCCGGCAUUGCUUGCCCUCGAGUCGCCUCCGGAGCGUCUGGGUCCGCGGACGGCGGGCGGAGCGAGCUCCAGUGUGCGGUGAGGGCCGGCCGGCUCGAGGUUGCGGCGGCUCCCCUUCUCCCCCGCCCAUAUCCUCCCCGCGGAGCGCCGGCGCCGCCAUGGGCCUGCAUUCCAACCUGUCGGUGCGAGUGGAGUGCAUCGCAGCUGUGGCACUGGCUGCUGGGACUGCUGUGGUAGGAUACCUAGCUUACAAAAAGUUUGUAGUGAAAGAAAAACGCUACAGGUCCAUGGUCAACCUUACCAUCCAGAAAGACAACCCCAAGAUAGUUCACGCAUUUGACAUGGAAGACUUGGGAGAAAAAGCUGUGUAUUGCCGCUGUUGGAGAUCCAAGAAGUUCCCAUAUUGUGAUGGUGCCCACACAAAACACAAUGAAGAAACUGGAGACAAUGUGGGACCACUGAUCAUCAAGAAGAAGGAGGCGUGAUCGGUGGCCAGCGGAGACUGCUUUGUCCUGUUGCUGAUUGUUUUUAUAAGGAAUUCUCUUGCUUCUGUCCAGUUCCCUUUCCCCCAAUAAGCUAAGGCUUUCAUUGAUGUACCCUCUGCCUUACUACCUGUCCAAAUACCGUGGUGACCCUCGCUGUAAAGCAUCCUUCUGGCCUAUGGGUUGUUCUUCUGUCUUGUAGGGAUUGUGUUCAUCGGUUUCUUCAAUUUCUAAUAAUGACAGAAUUUUCUUGGAUCUGUAUGUUGAUGUUAAUAUAUUAAAUUAUUUUCAAAAUCAUGUAUAUGCAAAUUGUAAUUGCAUGCCACGAACAAAUUCGUCACAAAGGUCCUUCUAAAAAGAGUAUACUUUUUGUUUAAAACUUAGAAGGCCUGACGUGGCUGGUUGAGAAUAAUGAGGAAAUGGGAUAUUUAAAAUUUAUUUGCAGAGUUGAUGAUCUAAAAGAAACUUCCAUUUUUAUUAAUGUUUGCACAUAAAUUGGACUGUCUUCAAGGAAUGGAGAGACAGAUUUACAGGGAUCUUUGAGAUGAUUUAGUUCAUGUCCUUGCUGAUUUCCUCUCACACAAAUACUUCAUAUAUUUAGGAGGCAGAAACCAAUCCUGGAAAUGUUUAUCCAAGAAUCAUUAGAUGCAAAAUAGUUGAGCACUAAGAUUCCUUGAAAUGUCAAGGUGUUGUUUUUUUUGCCUACAAGCUGCUGUUGAAAACUAGUCAGGGAGGACAGACAGAUGGGCUAGAAAGGGAGGUCAGUAUCUCUUCUUUCAUAGCACUCUUGCUUGUUGGAAAAAGUGGUUAGAGCAAUUGAAAGGCCCUUGCUGCUGGGAAUGGGGAGAGCAUCCAUCUAGAUAAUUGAGGGGAAUUUUCAUUGCUUUACUGAUGGUCCUAUUUAAUAUCAUUGUGAUUCAGUGACACAUGCACUCACUCCCACACUUCCAUUGGAACUCUCCUUUGUAAUACAUAGGUCAUCAGGUCAAACGAAUCAGUAAAUUUGCCACGUGUGGACAAUGUAUGCCUCAUUCCAUACCUGAAGUCUACAUCACAUGUGGCUGAUGUUAAGAACGUUUAUUUGAAGAGGAAAAUAGGCAUUAAGUCAUAUUCUUCUAACUGUGUGGGUUUUUUCCUUAAUUUCAAAAAAGGCAGAAACUCAGAAUAAUAAGAGGUUACAUUUUUGUGACAUAGACCAAAGAAAAACAUUUCAGAUUCUUGGAGGAGAGAGAGAAAAUAGGAAAAUUGAAAAUAACUAUUAAUAAUAGAAGGGUUAAAACUAGUUCUUAUUUAUCUUAAAUAACACAGAGUUUGAGAUUUUUUCCCAAAGAUCUAAAGUAGACAGAUGAGAAUUUUCUGGAUCAGUGUAUGUAAAUAAAGGAAAUUAGGAGUUUACUGACGUUAUUAAUUAGAGGAGUUUGACAAAAUGCCACUUAUGAAAUAUAAAUAUUUGAAGACCAGAGAGAAACAAGUUUCACACAAACCUGGUUCAGAAAAUGGGCUACUUCCAAAUGUCAGAACUUACUCAGAACUGACCAAAUCCAUGAUAGAGGCAGAAAGUGACUUUUAGCCAUUCCUCCUGAUAGAGUUGGAUUCUUAAGCAAAGUAUUUCUCUGUGAUUUGAAGUGUCUUGAAUUGAUAUUUACUAAGGGCCAGUGAGUGACCAGCUCACUAUCAUGAAUACCAUAAUGAAGACAGAUGUCGUUCUGUUGCCUCACUGGAGCUAUUUGCUACGGAUAGGAGCAGUAUUGUACACACUGCCAUAUGCAUGCAGAAUAGCCAUCUUGAUCUAAUAUGUCCUCAAACAUAGCCUGUGUAAUACAGGGAAAUCCAGCAUAGCUUCCCAUAACACUUUUCCCACGAGUUAGAUUUUCUUUGAUCAAUUUUGUGUUUUUCCUAGAAGUGAGUUCAGUAGAGGCAGCAGUGAUCUUUAAAAGGCUUACAAGUUGUCUUUAAUCAGAAAACCUCAUCCAAGAAAUAGGCUCUUCUUGGAUUAAACCCCCAAAUUAUGAAUGAACAUAUGAACCUAAAUUGAGUGUAGAUUAAUUCAGUUGAUCGUGGUUUUAACUUGGAAGUGUCCUACACUGUGACUUUGGUCAGACAGGUGUUUUUACCAUUUUACCGAAGAAUAAUUCUGUCAUGGUUCUCAGAAUACCUGUUGAGCAGCAAGAUGAGGGGUUUUUUAAUCUGCUCUUGAUCACAAGUCUUUGAUAGUAGCAAUAUAAUAUGCUAAAUGUACUUUCAAGGGCAUGUUCACAUUUUGUUACAAGAUUUUGAACUAAAGUUACUUCAUUCUGUGAAA